CAGCAAGAGCGCUCCGCUGCAUCGGAAUGGCGCAAGCCUCCCAGUCAAUCUUCGCGUUGCAGAGUCUUUUUUCUUCUUCUCCCUCUUGCUGCACUUCUGUCGUUGAUGAUAAAUCGGGAAUAAAAUCAAAUAUAGCCACCAAGCCUGACUUCUCAUAUUUCGCACAGCACCCGACAUCACACACAACAUGGCCUCCAAGGUAAUCAUCGUGACCGGCGCCAGCCGAGGCAUCGGCCUUGCCAUCGCCCAGCACCUCAUCCAGGGAUCCCACAAGGUUGUCUUGGCGGCCAGAUCCAAGGAUCAGUUGGAGGCUCUGAAGGUUGCUCAUCCCGGGCAGGUUGAGUAUGUUGCCGGGGACUUGGGGGAUCUCAAGACAAUCCCAAAGAUCGCCGAGGCUGCGGUCAAGGCCUUUGGCAAAAUUGAUGGACUUGUCAUCAACCACGGCGUCCUGGAGCCCGUCACCCGCUUAGCAGACUCUUCAAUCGAGGAAUGGAAAAAGGCAUACGACAUCAAUGUGUUUAGUGGGCUCGCAUUGGUCCAAGCAUCUCUGCCCGAGCUGCGCAAGUCCAAGGGCUGCGUCCUCUGGGUGUCCUCCGGCGCGGCCACUGGCGCAUACGCCGCAUGGGGAGCGUACGGCACAUCCAAGGCCGCCAUGAACCACCUCUCUGCACACUUGGCAGUAGAGGAACCAGACAUCACCAGCAUCGCCCUGAGCCCGGGCCGCGUUGACACUGCCAUGCAAAAGGUCAUCCGCGACACGGGAGCCGGACACAUGGCCGACAAGGACCACACCUCCUUUGUGUCUGCUUUCGACAAAGGAGAGCUCUUCAAGCCUGAGCAGCCCGGCAGCGUCAUGGCGCGGUUCGUCGUCAAGCCUCAGCACGACCUUUCGGGCAAGUACUUCAAGUGGCAAGCCGGAGAGCUUUCGGCGUAUCAUGAUGCGGAGUAGAAUAGUUCACUGGGGGUUCAUUGUUAGCAAAUGUUUUGUCAUAGAAAUGUACAUAGAACAACAUUGAUAACAAGAUGCCUCAGAUGAAAGAUGAAAAGCUCAUAUGUUAUUCCACAUUGUUUAUUCAGGAUUAGCAUGGAAUAUGUU